GGCCGCCGGGCGCUGCAGUGGGACGCGCGCGGCUGCGAGCCUGCGGGACAUGCCCCCCGCGCCGGCUCCUUGCUGGCGGCCAUGAAGAGGCAGAACGUGCGGACUCUGUCCCUCAUCGUCUGCACCUUCACCUACCUGCUGGUGGGCGCCGCCGUCUUCGACGCCCUCGAGUCGGACCACGAGAUGCGCGAGGAGGAGAAACUCAAAGCCGAGGAGAUCCGGAUCAAGGGGAAGUACAACAUCAGCGCCGAGGACUACCGGCAGCUGGAGCUGGUGAUCCUGCAGUCGGAGCCGCACCGCGCCGGCGUCCAGUGGAAAUUCGCCGGCUCCUUCUACUUUGCCAUCACGGUCAUCACCACUAUAGGUUACGGGCACGCGGCCCCCGGCACCGACGCGGGCAAGGCCUUCUGCAUGUUCUACGCCGUGCUGGGCAUCCCGCUGACGCUGGUCAUGUUCCAGAGCCUGGGCGAGCGGAUGAACACCUUUGUGCGCUACCUGCUGAAGCGCAUCAAGCGGUGCUGCGGCAUGCGCAGCACCGAGGUGUCCAUGGAGAACAUGGUGACCGUGGGCUUCUUCUCCUGCAUGGGGACGCUGUGCAUCGGGGCGGCCGCCUUCUCCCAGUGCGAGGAGUGGAGCUUCUUCCACGCCUACUACUACUGCUUCAUCACGCUGACUACCAUCGGGUUCGGGGACUACGUGGCCCUGCAGACCAAGGGCGCCCUGCAGAAGAAGCCGCUCUACGUGGCCUUUAGCUUUAUGUACAUCCUGGUGGGGCUGACGGUCAUCGGGGCCUUCCUCAACCUGGUGGUCCUCAGGUUCUUGACCAUGAACAGCGAGGACGAGCGGCGGGACGCCGAGGAGAGGGCGUCGCUGGCCGGGACGCGCAACAGCAUGGUCAUCCACAUCCCCGAGGACGCGCGGCCCGGCCGGCCCCGCUGCAAGGCCGACGUGCCGGACCUGCCGUCCGUGUGCUCCUGCACCUGCUACCGGCCGCAGGACCACGGCGGCCGCGCGGCCGCGCAGCACAACUCCUUCAGCGCCAAGCUCGCGCCCCACUACUUCCACUCCAUCUCCUACAAGAUCGAGGAGAUCUCGCCAAGCACACUGAGAAACAGCCUCUUCCCCUCCCCCAUCAGCUCCAUCUCCCCCGGGUUACAUAGCUUUACCGACAACCACAGGCUGAUGCGGCGGCGGAAGUCCGUUUAGGGUGCGGGGCGGGCGGCGCAGGCAGAAGCGGUCGCUCGUCCGACUUGACCUCGAGCUCCACCGGCCCACCUCGUCCGUUCCCUCGUGUUUAUUAUCAGUAUCCUUUACCGUUGUCCUCAUUCUCUGUGUUACUUUCUCUCCUUCCCUUUUCCGUGGUCCCGCCCCCGCUCACCCAGGACUCCCCCCUCCCCGUCUGCUCCCCACCUGCUCCCCCACCUCCCCGCGAGAGACAGAGCUGGCCCAAGGGAAGAGAAAGGCCCAUCCUCCUCUGAAACUCGCAUCUGAGCAUGAAGCAUGGAUUCCUUCCUUCCUUCCCAGCGAAGUAUGCCUUACACUUCUCCGCAGCCUGCCCCAUCUCGGGGGUGGCUUUCCCAGGACAGGGGUGACACCAAGACCACCAGGCAGAGCCGAGAGGAUACCCAACCCAAAGUUGCACACCAGGCUGCCAGCCCGUGAGUGUCCACCCACGUGCCGUCUGACCUAAGUCCUCUGCGUCCUCCUCCCCAGCGGUGGGUGGUUGUGGGUGUGUGCGUGUGCGGACUACGAGUGAGUGAGGGCGUGCACACGCCCGUGUGCUUCUGUGUGUGCGUGUGUGUGUGCGCUCUGUGUGACAAAACGGAAAGUUUUAGGUAUUCACAGAUUUCUUUCUCCGUGACUCAGUUCUGUUACUAACCUGCUUUCAGCGGCUUCCAAACAAAACGGGGAAACCAAACCCAUGGGGUUUUGAUUUAUCAUUCUGCCAAAUCAAGCAUGUUCCGUGAGCGGUCUUUCUCCCAGACGGGUCAUGACCAUAUUUUUUAAAUGCUACGUUCUAAAUUAUAUUAAACUUCUUUUAAGGGGACGGGCGGGAAAGAAGACGUGGCUCCUCUUCGCUUGCCAGUUCAAAAAUUUUUUAGAAGCAUGCACUUUGUUCGACCGGUACGCAUUAUCCACGCAAGACAACAAAACUAGCAAUGAGCAGUCCAAAGCCAGUAAUAAUAUUAAUUUAUUAAAGGCAUUUCUGUCACCUGCAGCCCCAACGAUUUGCCAUGCAACUGGGAGUGUCAGGGGAAACUGGAAAAUUGUUGGAGCCACAGAAUGUUCUGUUACUUCUCUCUUAUUUAUAGGAAGGUGGCGGCCAUGGUGGGGGUUUGACAUCUACCUGCGUAAGUGAGAAUUCUGGUUUGGGAUGCUUGGAUGACAAUGGGUAUCAGGUGGAUGUGGCUUAUUUUCUUAAUAAAAUAAAAACAAACUGACAGGGCAUUCCUUAUUUUUUUAAAAAAAUAUAUAUGUAUUUCGAGAAAGACAGUCUCUAAUUGCAUUUGAUUUGUAAAUAAGGGCAACAAGUCUGUGUUGGUCUCAGGAAGUGUUUAGAGGCAAAGGAGCGGUGUCUUGGCCUGCUGGGAACUUGUCAGUCUCAGGGGACAGUUUUCCUGAGUAGUGGAGAAAUUCCUUCUCAUCGUCCCCUUGGACAACCCCAAGGGAAGGCCUGUUAAUCUCCUAGGGGAGCGCUAGGCUAUAGAAUAGGGUACACUGGGGGCCUCAUUGAUAACAGGAAUAAAGAAAGAUCUGGAAACUAAAUUCACAGAGGUGACUUUCACUUCCCUUGACACGCGUCCCCCCCGCUAUUUCUAGAAGCCACCCGUCUUCCCAUGCCUUUUUCAUAAACUGAACAUCCAUGGCUCUUGGAUAGAAACAGGCUUUGGCUUUGGCCCAGAAGGAGCAGUGGGAGCCCCCAUGGGAAUCUCCCAGAAUGGAGGGUCUGCUCCCUAGAAAGGGACCGUCAAGAUUUCUGAAAGAAAAAGGCACCAACGCCACAGGCCCUGAGCGUUUGGGCCAUUGGACUGAAACGCAGCCAUCCAGACUCCUCCAAAGUGGAGGGCCCUGUAAGGUGUGUGGGCCCCGGGCCUGUGGAAGUGGGGACGGGGGUCUGCGAACCGCCAUUCUCAACCUUCAAGGUUGUCUUGAGUCACUGAUUUUUAAGUAUAUAUAUUUUUCAUUUUAAGGCUCUAAAAUCUGUCCA